ACACCCCAACUUGCACGGCGGGAGGACGCGCGGUCGACGGACAUCCAAUGCAAGAUGGGAAACAAUGCCUAGAAAAUGCUGCGGAUUCAUUCUGUGAGCUGCGAGAGCACACAUCGCACCGUGUGACCAGAAAAACAUCCCGACAGCGCACUGCAUUCUUUUUGGUUUUAAACGAUUUUUGGGUUUAAACGGUCGUCCGCGACCGACGGCGUUUGGUGACUGGACUGGCGGUGCUUUUGCCGUUCCGGUCGAUGCUGCAGAAGGUCCUCAUCUCUCCACUCCAGCUGUGCUGUGGUACAGAGCCUAGCCAUCGCUGUGUCAGUCGCUCCGGUCUGUACUGCUACAGCGGAACAAAUUAGCCCCGCUACCUAUCCUUUCGGGUGGCAGCAGUUGUGCUGAAGAAUAAUUGUGUAGACCCAGUGGUGAACAUUUCUAGCGCGUCUCCUCUUCACUGCGCUCUUUUCCUUUUUAGUAUGGCGCUGACAAUCUGUACGAGAUUUACCGACGAAUACCAGCUAUUCGAGGAGCUGGGCAAGGGGGCGUUCUCAAUAGUCAAGAGGUGUCUGAGGAUCUCAUCUGGUCAGGAGUACGCCGCUAAAAUCAUCAACACCAAGAAGCUGUCUGCCAGAGAUCACCAGAAGCUUGAGAGAGAGGCCAGGAUUUGCCGUCUACUGAAACAUCCUAAUAUUGUGCGUCUCCAUGACAGCAUAUCGGAGGAGGGAUUUCACUACCUGGUGUUUGAUCUGGUGACCGGGGGAGAGCUGUUUGAAGACAUCGUGGCGAGGGAAUACUACAGCGAGGCUGACGCAAGUCACUGUAUACAGCAGAUUCUGGAGAGCGUUCAUCACUGCCAUGUCAAUGGGAUCGUACACAGAGACCUGAAGCCUGAGAACCUCUUAUUGGCCAGUAAGCUGAAGGGGGCGGCGGUUAAGCUAGCUGACUUUGGUCUGGCCAUCGAGGUGCAGGGCGACCAGCAAGCAUGGUUUGGUUUUGCUGGGACUCCAGGCUACUUGUCUCCAGAGGUCCUGAGGAAAGACCCGUACGGGAAACCCGUGGACAUGUGGGCUUGCGGUGUGAUCCUGUACAUCCUAUUGGUGGGUUACCCUCCAUUCUGGGACGAGGACCAGCACCGCCUCUAUCAGCAGAUCAAGGCCGGGGCCUAUGAUUUCCCAUCUCCAGAGUGGGACACAGUGACCCCAGAAGCUAAAGACCUGAUCAAUAAGAUGUUGACCAUCAACCCCAGCAAACGAAUCAGCUCCACAGAGGCCCUCAAACACCCCUGGAUCUGUCAACGGUCUACAGUGGCAUCCAUGAUCCACAGGCAGGAGACGGUUGAGUGUCUGAAGAAGUUCAACGCCAGGAGGAAACUCAAGGGAGCCAUUUUGACCACUCUGCUGGUCACAAGAAACUUCUCAGCAGCCAAGAGUUUGUUGAACAAGAAGGCUGACGGGGUGAAGGCGACCAACAAGACCAACCCAGCGACCGGUCCUAAAGACCCUAAAGGCCCGAGCAGCCCUCUCCCAGCACUGGAGCCCCAGUCUACAGUGAUUCACAACCCAAUAAAUGGAAACAAGGAGUCAAUAGAGAGUGCCAACACUACCGAGGACGAGGAUGUCAAAGCUCGUAAGCAGGAGAUCAUCAAAGUCACGGAGCAGCUGAUCGAAUCCAUCAACAACGGAGACUUUGAGGCCUAUGCGAAGAUCUGUGAUCCUGGUCUGACCUCGUUCGAACCUGAAGCUCUUGGUAACCUCGUAGAGGGACAUGACUUCCAUCGUUUCUACUUUGAUAACGCCCUGUCUAAAGGGAACAAGCCGGUCCACACAAUUCUUCUGAAUCCUCAUGUUCAUUUAAUCGGUGAGAACGCUGCUUGCAUCGCCUACAUCCGUCUGAGCCAGUACAUGGACGGGGGAGGGAUGCCUCGCACCAUGCAGUCUGAGGAGACACGUGUCUGGCAUCGCAGGGACGGGAAGUGGCAGAACAUCCACUUCCACCGCUCCGGAUCGCCCAGCGUUCCCUCACAUUAAUGGAAUAUCAAGCUUCAGUCUAAACCAAGACAGGCUGCAAUCAAGUAGCCAACCCCUGGUUGCCCUUUAAACUUCAACCUCUGACCUUGUGUAAGGAGAUGACAUCGCGCAGGAUGGUUAUCAACCCUGAAAGUCAAAACUCAACACACCUGGCCUACGUCCCAUAUGGCACACUUCCUUAUAUAGUGCACUGUUCUGACCUGCAGACCUUUGGCCUUUUGACCUAUAGGCAGUUUAAUAGUAGUGGACAAUCUAGGGACUAGGGUGACAGUUGGGACGGGCCUAGUGCAGCAGGCAGCACACUCAGCCAUUUUACUGACGCUCUUUUUAUUAUUUUUAACUGUUUUGGUACGCAUUUUAAAUGUAUGGAAAUGUUUAAAAAGAUGUGCCAAUUUCCCUUCACCUCCAUAUACCUUUAACUGAGUUGAAAUAGGAAACAUUUGAAAGAUCUAAAUGAUUAAAUAAAGCUUGAUAAUG